AUCUCUACUACUGAUUCAUUCUAUAGUAUCCAUCUCUGUUCCUCAUUGUCAUCUGUAUUUUGUCUUAAUAUCAUUUCAUACAUUACUUUUACAUAGGAGUUAAAUUGUUCGAUUUUAACACCUUGUUGCUAACAUCAGACCAGCAUUUUUUUAUUAUUCUCACCCUUUUUACAAUUGUUUUCAUGCCUGUUUCAGAACAUUUAGCAAAUCCUAUACCUGUUUUAACAAAUGCAAAAAAAAAAAAAUGUCCUAGUCUCAGUCACAGUAUUACCCCCUGGUUUACUUUCCUGUGUGUUUUGAGUGACAGCUCAUUGCUCUUUAUUUGCACAGUGAGACAAAAGGCUGUUGUCAUCCUCAAGCCGAACUGGACAAAGCUAUUCAGAGGAGACACAGUGUUGUUCAGAUGCCACAUCCCAGGAGAGCCAUCCACUGACUGGGAGUACAUCUGGUACAAAGACGAGGAGGAGCUGAACCCGUACAAGUCCUGGAGCGAGAGUAACGAGUAUAAGAACGUGGGUCCGGUGGAUGAAUCUGACAGUGGCGAGUAUGCCUGUUUGGGCAUGAGGAAAGUUGACUCUGUGUUCUCGGAGAUUAGCGAUGCUGUAAUACUUACUGUGUCAGAGAGGCCCAAGGCGGUCAUUCUCCCGAGGCCUGACUGGCCACAGAUCUUCAGUGGAGAGACCGUCACAUUCAGGUGUGACAUCCCAGGGGAGCUGCCAUCUGAGUGGAGGUACCGCUGGCGGAAGGAUGGACAGAAGGUGAAACCCGACGGCGUCGGAGAGAUGAACAUUUACAGGAUAACGGCCGCGGAGCAAACCCACAGCGGCAAGUACACCUGCACCGGUCUGAGGAAAAGUGACUACAAGUUCUCCCAAGCCAGCGACUCUGUGACCCUGACUGUAGCAGAGAGACCCCAGGCUGUGGCGAUUCUGACACCUAAAGACAUGGAGAUCUUCAGUGGAGAGGUGGUCUCUCUGCGGUGUCACAUUCAGGACGGAGAGGCCGCAGCAGAGUGGAGGUACAGCUGGUACAAGAGGGGCUACGUGGGCCACAACCAGAUCAGUGACGAGCAGGAGCACAGCAUCAGCCCUGCCUCGGAGGCUGACAGCGGAGACUACACCUGCAGGGGAACACGCAAGAGUGACGCCCAACACUCACAGACCAGUGAGGCAAUCAAGCUGACUGUUUCAGGCCUGCCCAAAGUGUCAAUCUCUAUCAGACCAGACAGCCCCAUAUUCAACGGAGAGACCGUCACUCUGGAGUGUAUGACUGCCUCUCCCAGUGUCUGGAACUACACGUGGUUUAAAGGCAGCCCACAGACUGAGACAUUUCCCUCAGACCACGAGAGCAAAGGUGGGAACACCCUCACCAUCAGAGGGGCCACAGAGUCUGACCAGGCUGAGUACUGGUGUCAGGGGGAGAGAUGGAACAGCACCACGUCUUCGCUCAUGAGCGACCCAGUUUACCUGACGGUGUCAGACUUGCCGACAGGAUCACUAACUGCAGAGCCUCAGAACCCUGUUUUCACUGGGGAGACAGUCACCCUGACAUGUGUGGUAGCGUCGUACAGUGACUGGUCAUAUCAAUGGUACAAAGGAAGCUCUCAGAGCCCAGUGUCUCAGUCUGACCGGUACAUCAGAGAGGGAAACACCCUCAUCAUCCAGGGAGCUGUUGAAUCGGAUCAGGACCACUACUGGUGUCAAGGAGAAAAAGACACCAGACCCACGUCCUCACAUAUCAGCACUUAUGUCUACUUAUCUGUGACAGCCUUGCCCUCUGCCACCCUGACCGUUCAGCCCCCCAGCCCCGUCUUCAGUGGGGAGAUAGUGACAUUCACGUGUGCAACACAGUAUCUCAGAGACUGGGCAUACAAGUGGUACCGACGCAACUCCCAGGAUGCAGUGUCUCAGUCUGGCCGCUUCAGCAGAGCGGCGAACACGCUCACCAUCAGAGGAGCCGCAGAGUCAGACGAGGACCAGUACUGGUGUCAGGGGGAGAGGGACACCAGACCCACAGUGUCCCAGAUCAGUGACAGUGUCACCCUGAAUGUACUAGAUUUAAAGCCACAGCCCAGAAUAACGUCCAACAGGGCCGAUCAGGUCUACACUGGUUCAUCGGUCACUCUGACCUGUGAGUUGGACCCGUCCACUGCCACGGGGUGGACCUUCUACUGGUACCGAGACUCGCAGAACUCUGAACCUGUGGCCCAGUCUGACACAAACUCCUACACCAUAAACUUCAUGAAGGUCUCUGAUGAAGCUUCAUAUUUCUGUAGCGCUGGAAGAGGCAGCCCAAUCUAUUACACCCACUACAGCAAUGCCACAUGGAUAAGAGUCACAGAAAGACCAAAGGCUUACAUAACCUUGUUGUCUAACUGGACGCAAAUCUUCAGCGGAGAGACCAUCUCUCUCCACUGUGACAUCCGCGGGACCACGGACACUGACUGGGAGUACAUCUGGUACAAGAACGGCUACCUGAACAACCCUGUGAACCGGGAGAAAGAGUACCGAGUCACCCUGGUGUACGGUCACCGCGGUGAUGAGUACACCUGCAUCGGCCGGAGGAGGAGGGAGCUCAUGUACUCAGAGAUGAGCGAACCCUACAGAGUGUCUGUCUUAGAGAGGCCCCUGGCUGUACUGAGCGUCCCUGCGCAGAUCUGGGUGAAUGAAGGCGACUUGGUGACUCUGAGCUGUGAGGUGAAGAGCUCCACCGCAGGCUGGAGGUUCCUCUGGUACAGAGCAGACUCGGCAGCCAAACACACCCUGGUGUACAGCAACGGAGGCUCCUUCACCAUCACCCCGGCGGUGCUGUAUCACACGGGCCUCUACAUGUGCCGAGCAGAGAGAGGAGAGCCGCCGUACUACACCAAAUACAGCGAACUGCAGCCUCUCUGGGUCACUGGCUUGUCUCCUCCUGCCUCCCUGGUCAUCAGGCCCAACAGAACCCAGCAUUUCAUAUAUAAAUCCCUGUCCUUGAGCUGUGAGAUGCAGGGCCAUCCUGCUGGGUGGAGGCUGAGGUGGUUCACGGACAGAGGGGAGUUAACAGAGUGCCCGGCAGGCUGGAGGUCAGUGGUAGGAUCCACCUGUACCCUCGUCCACCCGCACACAACGGACAGUGGGGUGUACUGGUGUCAGUCUGAGAUGGGACUGCGCAGUAACCCUAUCAAUGUCACGUUUCAUGAUGCUGAGGUGAUCCUGGAGAGCCCGGCCCACCCCGUGACGGAGGGAGAUCCUCUGACCCUGCACUGCAGGUACCGUAAAAAGCCGUCUAACGAGGAAGCGGACAUCUACAAAGACGGAUCGCCUCUUCAGCCCACUGUCACAGGGGAGGUGACCAUCCCAGCGGUGUCAAAGGUGCACGAGGGCCGCUACCGGUGCAAGCACUCAGAGAGGGGAGAGUCUGCGGAGAGCUGGGUCACUGUCAGAGACAGAGCAGGUACUCAACGUCACAAGCACUUAGUGCUCUGGCUGGUGGUGGGACUGUGCAUCGCACUUGCUGUGGUGAUUGUCCUUGGGAUGCUGUAUCGCUACAGAGGUCUGUUCCUUCGUGGAAGCUUGUUUGGCUGGGGAUGGCAGAGAGCCAAUCAGGAAUCUUCUGAAGGCCAAAACAGGCCUGUGGAAGGCGAGGGGGAAAAGUCCAGCUAUGUGCCAUGGCAGUAUGCCGGGGCCUCAAGGGGCCCCAGCGAUGUGGUCUACACUGAGAUCGAGUUAAAGGAGAUGCGCAGGAAGUGGGUUAAGGUCAAAGUGAAGCCUGCUGGUGGCAAGCUUCCUAUGACCCACAGCCAGGAAGUGUCCAUUCUGAUAUGACACAGUGACACGGCAGGGCAGAGAGAGCGUGUUCCUCGAUCUCCGCUCUUCUUCCUGGAUCUCCUCUUCCUGGAUCUCCGCUCUGCUUCCUGCAGCUCCGACAGUGCAAAGACAACACCUAAUCGUAGAGUGUAGAGGCACGACUGUUGUAAUGAUGAAAUUCAAAAUGGCUAAAAAACCUUCACAUUAUUUUGCAUAUUUUCAAAAUUGUGCAUUUGAGAAAUGGAAAUUAGGAAGGAAGGAACCAUGGGAAUAGCAGGAACCAUGGAAAUAGCAGGAACCAUGGGAAUAGCAGGAAUCAUGGGAAUAGCAGGCCCAUUGCACAAUGCCUCUUCAAGACAAUCAUAAAAGCAGUCAACACAAAGAAAUAAAGGGUUAAUUAUUUAACAUUAGAGUACAUAAGCAGUGAACAAAGAAUCUUUAAAACACGGGUUAAUACUAUUUUAAUGCUAUUUAUUCACCAAGUCUUACCAUUCCUAUUUCAUUCCCCUUGUCCAUGUAGUAUAUAGAUACAAUAUAUCUUGCCACUGAAUAUCUGCUAUUUUAAUAAAGCUUUUAAAAUCGUA